AUGAUGGCAGAGCAUAAUCACACCUCGGUGACCGAGUUCAUUCUGCAGGGCCUGAGCGACCGAGCAGAGACGAAGGCAGCCCUGUUCACACUCUUCCUCCUUAUCUACAUCAUCACCCUCCUAGGCAACACGGGGAUCAUCGUGGUCAUCCGAGCUGACCCCCGGCUCCACACGUCCAUGUACUUCUUCCUCGGCAGCCUCUCCAUCCUUGACAUCUGCUUCUCCUCCGUGGUUGCCCCCCGGAUGCUGGUGAAUUUCCUGUGGGAGAAGAAGACCAUCUCCUUUGCUGGCUGCAUGGGCCAAGCCUUCUUCUACAUUGUCUUCGUGACCACCGAGUGCUUCCUGCUGGCUGCCAUGGCCUACGACAGGUACGUGGCCAUUUGCCACCCCCUGCUCUACCCCUCUGUGAUGACCUGGAGGCUGUGCACGUGGCUGGUGCUGGGCUCCUACCUGGCAGGUGUCCUCAACUCCAUCACACAGACCACCUUCAUGGCCAGGCUGCCCUUCUGCAGCUCCAACCUCAUCAACCACUUCUUCUGUGAUGUCCCUCCCCUCCUGGCUCUGUCCUGCGCCAGCACCCGCCUCAGCGAGAACAUCCUCUUCUCCUUGGCUGGUGCCAUCGAGCUCAGCACCCUCUCCACCAUCUUGCUCUCCUACGUCUUCAUCUCCUUGGCCAUCCUGAGGAUCCGUUCAGCCUCGGGCAGGCAAAAAGCCUUCUCCACCUGUGCAUCCCACCUGGCCGUGGUGACGCUGCUCUACGGGACGACCCUCUUCAUGUACCUACGGCCCAGCUCCAGCUACUCCCUCAGCACUGACAAAGUGGUCUCUGUCUUCUACACCGUGGUCAUCCCCAUGCUGAACCCCCUCAUCUACAGCCUGAGGAACCAGGAGGUGAAGGAGGCCCUGAGGAAAGCAGUGGGCAGGGUCGCCCGCGAGCGCUGA